AUGGACAGCGCUGUCCCCGGGGACAUUGUGAAGCAGUUCAAGAAGCACAUUGCAUCGUCAGCGGAGAUCCCAGUAGACAAGGAUAGGCUCAUCUACCAGGGCAGGGUGCUGCAGGACGACCUGACGCUAAGUGAACAAAAUGACGAUGGCAAUAAUAAGGUAAUCCACCUGGUGGAGAGUGCCCCACCUCAGGCCACCACGUCUGGUUUUGGGGGUGCUGGUGUUUCUACUGGGGGGCCAGAGGGCGGAAGCAGCAGAACCUCCUCCCGGGCUGCACCACAUGACCGGAACAGCUACGUGAUGCUGGGGAGCUUUAAUCUGCCUGUCAACAUCAUGGACCCUCAGCAGAUCCAGGUGGCCAUGACCCUGCUGCAUAUGUCUGUUCAGCAGAUGAUGGCUGGAGUUGGUGAUGCUGGAAGGAACACCAGGGUCUUCACCAGCUUCGAGAGCAAUGGCUCGGUGGACGUGCAGAUCAACCUAGACCAGUCAGUGCAGAGUGAGCACAGGAUGAGGCUGCAGCUGGCUGAGAACCUGCUCCGAGUCGCUCACUGA